AUGGCCCAGACUAAGUCUGCAACGAGGCUUCGGCAGAUGCUAGCUGAUCCAGAAAAGACCGUUAUAUGUCCGGGCGUACAUGACGGACUUACGGCACGCGUGGCGCUGAACGUAGGCUUUGACGCAUUGUAUAUGACGGGCGCAGGAACAGCUGCAUCUCGCCUCGGGCAGCCGGACCUCGGUCUUACAACCGUCGACGAUAUGGCGACGAAUGCCGGAAUGAUCGCCGGCCUCGACCGUGCCGUUCCGGUGAUCGCAGAUGCCGAUACCGGGUUUGGCGGACCCCUGAUGGUCGCCCGUACUGCCGAGAAGUACAUUCUCCAGGGAGUAGCAGCAUUCCAUAUCGAGGACCAAGUCACGACUAAGCGCUGCGGGCAUCUCGGCGGGAAGGAGCUCGUCGAUACGCCUACAUUCGUAGCUCGCAUCCGGGCCGCUGCCGCUGCACGCUCACGCAUGGGCUCGGAUAUCGUUAUUAUUGCGCGCACUGACGCGCUGCAGUCGCGGGGUUACGAGGAGGCGGUUAGCAGAUUAAAAGCUGCUGUGGAAGCAGGUGCCGAUGUGGCGUUCCUAGAGGGGAUGCAGACGAAAGAGCAAAUGGCACAAGUAGUUAAGGAUAUGGCGCCUACUCCGUGUCUUCUAAACAUGGUCAGCGGUGGCGUCACACCUUUGGUUAACGCGCAGGAGGCGAAGGAGUUGGGAUACAAGAUUGUCCUUUGGCCUAUAGCCGGUAUGACAAGUGUGUACAUCGCCAUGCGCGAGUUCUGCCAGGAACUGAAGAGCACGGGUGAGAUAAAGAAUAGGUAUAAGGAAGAUGGGAAGAUCGAUGGAGGUGUGAGGGAUGUGUUCGAGCUGUGCGGACUGUCAGCUUGCGUUGAGUUUGAUAAGGAGGUUGGAGGCGCAAGUUUCGCGAAUGGGGCCUGA